AUGGCCAAGGACAACAAGUUACUACUUUCAGAAGAAAGCGUUCCUUCUCGUCUUGGUUAUCAGGGUUUCAUUGUAAGCGACGAUGGGAUGAAGACCUAUGCUCGUAACUACAAGUGCGGUAGUCCAGGACUCGGUAGUGGCCAGGAAUGGACUGCACCCCUAACAGCAGCUGGGAUAAGGGCCGCAGCUGUGCGUGACGGGCUAAUUGAGACAGAUCCCCCUCAAGGAGGUGGAAUACCUCAAAUACCACCGCAAUAUGCCGAGACAAGGCAUCUUGUUGCACUUGUUGUUGAUCCAGAUCCUAACAAUGGCGAUUUCCACUGGUACCGUCUUGACAAUAAUGGGCGCUGGUCACACAAACCAGGGUUAACACCUAUCAUAAACUAUGACGGGAACGGCAAUGUCAUUGACGAUCCAAGGCAAGCAGCCAAUUUUCCGAAUGGGCCAAACUACAGAUUCGUCUGCUUCAUGACGGUCAUCAAGAACAUCGUUAAGAAGAAAGGUGAAAAAGAGACUGGUAGAUGUGUGACGUGUUAAUUCUGCAUGACAAUAUGGUUAUUCUUAGGCUGGUUAUAAGGCAGCAAUAAAUAAAAGGAUUCA